CUCCGCCUCAAGUCAGUCCACGGAUAUCGACUCCGGUCUGAACACGCGGCUUCUAAAAAAGUAUUCAUUAAUCGGUUCACGCUCUUCUCUCUUCCCUCAACCUCCCCAAUUCAUCUCCUCAUUCCCUUCCUCCGCUGGACCUUACUUUGUACAUUCCAUCUGCUCAAGGGCCUCGGAUCAUUUGCUCUUCCCCUCUCCCUUGCUCCGCCGGCUUCUUCUGCUGCCUGUGCGCCUGCGCCAUCGUCGGGGUGGAUCCCAGCCGUCAGAACGAUAGUGCCGCGUAGUCACCUCCUAGUCGCCACGGGGACCCCGUCCCCUACAGCUAUCGCGGCUCAAUAAUCAGCUUCCUGUAGCUGCAUUGUGGAAUAGCUUUCUUUACACCGGCGUGCUCCUCCAUCCACCAUGGCGCAAUACUUCUUCGAUCUUCUCUACAACUUCACAGAUUGCAUGUGCUGUUUCCCCAGCACGCCGCAAUUAAAGAUCAACAAUCGUAGCUUUAAAUUGCUCCGACUCCUCGGUGAGGGUGGUUUCUCUUAUGUCUACCUCGUUCAGGACAAAUCGACCUCGGAACUGUUUGCGCUAAAGAAGAUCCGGUGUCCCUUCGGUCAGGAGUCCGUUUCCCAGGCGCUGAAGGAAGUGGAGGCCUACAAUCUGUUCACUACCCAGAACAACAUCAUUCAUUCCAUCGACCACUGUGUGUCCACCGAAUCCGGCUCGAAAUUCCGCGCCGAUGGCGGCGACGCAGGAUCGAAGACGGUCUACAUUCUCCUACCAUACUACCAACGGGGUAACCUACAAGAUGCCAUCAAUGCGAACCUCGUCAACCAUUCCCGCUUCCCGGAGAAGCGCUUGAUGGUGCUGAUGCUCGGCGUUGCCAAUGCGCUUCGAGCGAUGCAUCUCUACCGUGUGAAAAGCGGUACGGGUCCUACACGCAAGGCUAAAGCUGUGAGGAGAGAGGGUGCAGAGGCAGAUGCGGACACUGCUAUGCGGAUGCCGAAACCGAAGCGACGCACCAGCCAAAAUGUGGAUGAAGAAGAAGAGAACGAGCCAUUGAUGGAUGAUGAGGUCACAAUAAGUCAGGAGGGCGUGCAAGACGGCGAUCUUCGCCCGUAUGCCCACCGGGAUAUCAAGCCCGGAAACAUCAUGAUCGCCGAUGAUGGCCGUACACCCAUUCUCAUGGAUCUCGGAUCGUUAGCACCCAGCCCCAUUGCCAUCACCUCCCGGUCGCUCGCCUUGGCCGUCCAAGACACUGCUGCGGAACACAGCACGAUGCCGUAUCGGGCACCCGAACUGUUCGACGUCAAGACGGGUUCGAUUAUUGACACAAAGGUGGAUAUCUGGUCAUUAGGAUGCACGCUCUACGCCUGUCUGGUGGGCAAGAGCCCCUUCGAAGCCCGCAGCGAAGAGACAGGUGGCAGCUUGAGCAUGUGUGUAUUGGGUGGUGAUUGGCGAUUCCCCGACGAGAAAUCGAGUGCGACCAAGGGCAAGGGCAAGGCCGGUGGCGAUGAUAGCCGCAAAGAUAACACGAUGCAGAUCAGCGCGCCCGUAAAGGACGUGGUCCGCAAGUGCCUGCAGGUGGAGCCUGCAGACCGACCUGACAUUGAUGAGCUGAUUCAGAUCAUGAAAGAUGUUAUCAAGGAUCUUCCUGAGGAGGAUGACAUUGCCAGCCUCGAUCGGACUGCUAUUCCGGGCACCGUGACGCUGGUGGAUUUGGAGCAUGUCCUUGCCACCCGUCAUGCGGAUCGCGGCGAUAGUGACAUCGUUCUCAUUCCGGAACCGUCCAAUGACCCCGAUGAUCCCUUGAACUGGGCCCCAUGGAGGAAGACCUUGUCUACCAUCUGUCUCUCCGAUGCAACCGGUGUGUCGGUUGAUACUCUCAAUGAGGGAACGGGGUAUAUGUUUCUGUUCGCCGGAUGGGGGCUUUUGUUUUGGCAGCCACUAGCGCUGCAGUAUGGCAAGCGUUUGACAUAUAUACUUUCUUUAGUCGGCAUCUUGGGAACUUCAAUGUGGGGGUACGUUCUCACAUUUAGCGAUAGGCAUAUUUUGAUUACUGACUCUGACAGUCCCUACAUCCACACCAACGGUCAAUGGAUCGCACGCAGUAUCCUUUCGGGUUUCUUCACGGCUCCCAUUGAAGCUCUCCCAGAAGUAACAGUGACUGAUGUGUACUUUACCCAUGAGCGGGGAACAUACAUGGCGCUAUAUGCAUUCUUCCUGGCAGGCAGCAACUACUUCGCCCCGGUCAUCUGCGGCUUCAUCGCCCAGUACCAAGGCUGGCAAUGGGUGUUCUACUGGCCCAGCAUUUUCUGCGCCUUUAGCAUUGUAUUUUUGUUCUUCUUCAUGGAGGAGACGAACUACGUGCGCGAGAAGCCAUCAGUCGCCGAGGUGACUUCGACAGAAGCUUCGUCGCGCACGUCCGAGCAGGGUGAGAAGGAGAAACGUCCUGCUGAUGUGGCACAGCAGAGUGACACAGAAUGCGGGGUGAUCUAUCCAAAGAAGACGUAUCUUCAGAAACUCUCGCUUAUAGGACCCAGACUGCCGAGGAACAAUAUGUUCCGCCGGUUCUACCACACAUUGUAUUAUCUGAGCUGGCCGGUGGUAUUCUACGCGGGGUUUUCCUAUGGCUCAUACCUUAUCUGGUUCAAUGUGCUGAACGGAACGGCUUCUAUUAUUUUGGGCGGCGCACCUUAUAACUUCAGCUCUGCCAUGGUCGGACUUAGCUAUCUAUCCUGCAUUGUGGGUACAAUACUAGCCUCCCUCUUCACCGGCCGCUUCAGCGACUGGCUCACCGUCCGACUGGCGCGACGCAACAACGGAGUCAUGGAAGCCGAGCAGCGCUUGUGGCCAUUCGCCAUCUGUCUUCUCCUCGUGCCAGGAUCUCUGUUGCUCUGGGGCGUAGGCGCUGCGCACGAAGUGCACUGGUUCGGACUCAUCGUAGCGAUGUGUUUGCUGGCGUUGGCGAACACGUGCGGUAUCACGCUGAGCGUCAACUACCUGGUCGACAGCUACCGGGAGUUGAGCGGGGACGCAAUGGCGAGUGUGAUCUUAGUUCGGAACACCAUGUCGUUUGCCAUGGGCUAUGGAAUAACACCGUGGGUAAACCACCUCGGAUACCAAAACUGCUUUAUAUCCGCUGCGUUCGUGGGCAUGGCAUGCGCAGCAGUAUUCCUGGUGAUGAUCAAAUGGGGGAAGUCGUUCCGAAUGCACAGUCGCGAGAAGUACUGGCGGAUCGUGGAGGAGAAUUGGGCGAGAGGGAUGGGGCAUUAGUAGCUUUGCCAAAACAUUAUUCCAACAAUGAAGUUCACCAGGACGCCAUUAUAUAUAUAUACAAACACUCAUGACAAAACCAAUCAUGAUAAC